GCCCCCAGCUGUGCUAAUUUAUAUAUGUGGGACUUUGAAUCUACAUUUAUAAUGUCUAACAGUAAUCCCUUUCGAACAGACAUCCUUUACUAUAAAAGAUACAUAGACGAUCUUUUAUUGAUUAUGACACCAACCAGUAAUUUCAAAAAUUUAGUCACUUGGCUAAACACAUUAGAAAUUUCCAUUCAGUUUACAGGACAGAGUAGUUCCAAUAGAAUUAAUUUUUUGGACACCACUAUUUAUUUCAAUGACUUACAACAAAUAACUUUUGCGCCUUAUCAUAAACCAGCUGAAAAGAACAUGGCUCUACAUUACAAUUCCUAUCAUCCCAAACAUCUUCUUAACAAUUUGCCUUACAGUCAACUGAUUAGAAUAAAACGCAACUCCACUACUAGAGAGGUAUUCCAAACUGAGGCUAAUAGAACGCUAACUCAUUACAGUAGAAGAGGAUACCCCCAGAGAAUUUUACACAGAGCAAUGGCAAGGAUUGAAAAUCAACCUAGAACACAACUCUUGGAAUAUAAAAAGACAUCCACUCAAAACAGAAUUACAUGGCCAAUAAAUUACACCCCUAAUGCUAUGAACCUAAAGAAAAUUAUUAAUAAAUAUUGGCAUGUUUUAACACAUAUUCCUGGCUGCACUAUGCCUCCAUUAGUGGCCUUCCGCCGGACAGAUAAUCUCAGACAAUUUUUAAUAAGAGCAGACAUAUGCAAAACAGAACGGCCUUUGCCCCCUAUCAUCGGACAUUUCAAAUGUGGCCAUUGCAGCUUAUGUAACAUGUCAUUAAAUACUACAGAAAUACGAGAUCCACAACAUGAUAAUAGAUUCUGGAAAAUGUCUCAUUUUUCCACAUGUAAUGCCAAACAAUGUGUAUACCUGAUCAUCUGUCCUUGCAAGCUCUCUUAUGUGGGGAUGACCACCAGAUUUUUGAAACAAAGAUUGUAUGAGCAUAUUAGUGCUUUGCGUACUAAGAAAGAAGAGGCACCAUUAACUAGACACUUUUUAGAAAAACAGCAUACUGAGAGAGAUUUCAAAUUUAUGGUUUUAUUCUUAUAUAGGGGCAAUGUUGAAGAUGUGAACACUGUCAAACGUGUAUUACUUAGACAGGAGGCUUGGUGGAUCCACUUGCUAAACAGUUGCCAAACUGGUUUGAAUAAGGACCUAGAUUUCCGCUGUUAUUUAUAAUGUAACACAUCUGAUGUACAUUGUUAUGCAACUUGCUGAUUUGCUGAGCGUUGAAGCUAGGGUCUGUUUCACUAAGCUAGGAAUGCAGCAAAUUCAAACUGCAGAUGACAGUUACUGCAACUGUAACUGUUGGAAGUCUGCUGAGGCAGUUAUACAUUACUUUGUAACUAGAUGAUUCACUGAAUGUAGAAGCUGUAUGCUGCUUUACUUAGCUAAACACACAAAUAAGAGAAUUCAAUCUGUAAGUAACUGUAUCUUUUACUGUAACUGAUCAUCAGUAUGUUUAAGUUGAACAAAAUUAUAUCUGUUAAAAUGUUAACUUAUUGAUGACAGUAAAUUGUUUCUUUAUUUCGCUGCUUUUAUGAAAGCAACUGUUACCAUAUUGCUACAAAGAUGUAACAUAUAUAAUGUCCAACACAAUUUAAAA